UAAAACCACGUUUGUACCUAUAAAGUGUUUUUUAUAAACGGAUUUUGUAUGAAGUGAUCAAGGAUUUUGUAUGAUUUUUUUUUUUUUGUGAAAGAUGUUAAUUAUUAUCGGAAAACAUAAGUACCUGUAUUUUGCCAUCAAAUAGUGACAUCUAGCGACGGAGGAAAGCCACAAAGAAUCUCAAAAUGUACCACUUAGUUCUGCUAUCCGCCGCCAUGGCGCUGCUGGGCAGCACGUGCAAGUCAGCCACAAUCAACCGACAAAUGAAAUUGUUGCACGAAAUGAACAACCACAUAGACAGUAAUGAGCGCUCAACCCCCAAACGGUUCCUGAAUCUGACGCGUAAACCCCCAGCACGAGUUCUUCUCGGUCGCACUUCUGAAAUCACGUGCGAAGCCGUCGGCACACCAGCGCCAUCUAUACGAUGGUUUAGAGAUAACGCUCCUAUAUACGAGUACGACAAGGAGUCGCACGAGAUAUCGGACUCGAACCCCCAGUCGCUGGCGCGAGUGUCGUCGACGGUGCUGCUGUCAGGCGGCGCGGACGCGCGGUACACCUGCGUCGCGAUAUCCGGACACCUCACUGCGCGGGCGCAUACUAUCGUUUAUAAUGCGGGUGUAACAGAGCGAACAGAACGGUCCCGGCUAGUCCCCCUUGCGCCGCGCAUCCUCCGCCAUGCUCGCGUGCUCGCGGACCCCAUCGGCAGCAUCACGCGGCUGCCGUGUGCUGCUCGCGGACACCCGCGGCCCAGUGUGCGGUGGACGGACGCGGAGGGACGACCGGUUACGGAUAACCCGAGGAUGAAGGUGCUCCGGUCCGGCGAACUGGUUAUCUCCCCUCUGGAGUGGGGCGAUAUGGGCGAGCUCACCUGCACAGCCACCAACAUGUUCGGCAGCACCCACGUCAACACCUUCCUCUAUCCCGCCAAACCGAGCGAAAGCGACGGAUAGACUUCAGUGAAUACUUAACCCGAAUGUUCCUGUAAAAGCGCUUCACACGAUAUGUAGUUGCGAUUAAAAAUCGCGAGGUGUAAAAGUAUUAUUUAUAUAGAAUCUUUCACUUCUAGGGUGUAUACUAGGCACGAGUGGAAGUUUGUACUUAAUUUUAGUUCCCUAAUUUGUACUUAUUUUUUAUUUAUUUCUUAAUAUAUUCAAAAAAUAUUGCAGGGUUAUCAUAAAUUUUAUUAAAAGUACAAUUAUGAAUUAUGCCUAUGUUAUUGCUUCAAGAAAAAAAAAUAAAAAAAAUUAAAGGCACACUACGCUGAGCCGCAGCGACAGCCGCAGGGGUGGGACGGAGCGGGCCGCGUCACAUGAACAAAAAUCCGCCUCGCAAUAGUAUUCCCACUGCAGCUCUGCAUAAUGUGCGCGAAUAUUAAGUGCAACUAAACGCUGGGCGUAUGACGCUAUUAUAAUAAGCCCAAAGAAACUUGUAUUAGUAUUAGAAAUAAUGUAUUAUUAAUAAUAUUAUCGCCGAAAGCAAACGUGUGAACGCGCCCUAAGCUACUCGAGUCUGCCUAUUAUUGUACGUAAGGGUCAGUUCACAAGUCGCGACGCAUCGUUUUUAAGACUCACGUCGCAUCGCGUUUCUAUGUGAACGGACUAAUGCUAAUAAUUAUUAAAUAUAUUAAUAAUUAUUGUGAUUUUAUUUCUUACACGUAGACUGUGAUGAAAAUAAAUACAAUUUUGAAUA